AACUGCAGGCUUGGCUCCCUGCAUAGUAGUGGAGCAGUUUUCAGCUGCCUGCAGUGGCGUCUGCCUGUGUUUAUGCAGUGUUGAGGGGGAAAGGCAAAAACAAGAGGAGCAAAGCCGCAGACAACUGUAGAUGGGAGGAAAGCGUGAGCACCAUAGUCACCAUUAAUCACCAAAGGGCCAUUGUGGUCCUGUCCUCUAAACAGCGCCAGCGCAGGCAGGAAGACAGAGAUAAAGAAGAAGAGAGGAAGAGGCAAAGGGACAGAGGGGGCAGGGUGGCUGCAGGGAGAAAGAGGGGGAGAGAAUGGUUGGGGAUCAGCCUGUAUGUCCACCUCAGCCCCUGCUGCGAGGCUGGGGAGCUCUGUUGCUGUCUCAGUGUCUGUCCUCCGUGUUCUCCCAGGUCCCGGAUCCUGAGCUGUUGCCCACUGAUCCUCCGAAGAAGCCGGACCCCAUCACCUCAGAGUCUGUUGUUUUCUGGGGGCUGCGGUUGUGGCAGGUCAUUGCCAUCUUUUCCGUGUUUGUUUUAGCAAUUGUCAUCACUCUUUGUUGUAUAUUCAAAUGUCGAAUUCCAAGAACCAAAAAGGAAAUAGAGGCACGAAAUCUGCAAAGACAGGCCGCCAAGAAAUACGCCAACACAUUAGAGACAGUGCCACCUCUUAAUGAGUUGACUGAGAUCCCAGGAUCUGCGAAAGCAGAAGAAAAAGAGGAGGUAACAACCGUUUCCGGCAAAGUGGAUGCGGAUAAAGGAGAGAAGAAGACCAAGGAGGGAAAGAAGGAUGGCAAAGCUGCUAAAGGGGGGAAAGAUGAAAAGGAUGCGUCAACAAAGAAGGGUGAAAAAGGUGAACAGGGAUCAUCCAAGAAAGAAGCCGGUGAAGGGAAAGGAAAGAAAUCUGGAGAUAAGGGAGACAAAGGAGACAAAGGAGAAAAGGGAGGCAAAGGAGAAAAAGGAGGAAAAGCAGGAGCUAAAGGUGGAGCUAAAAAAGCUCAAAAGUGA